AUGGCGUGGCGAUGCUCGGGAGCUUCGAAUCGGGAGCUGGUGGAGAAUUUAUUUCAGAAUGGGUUGAUUGAGAGUCCGCGUGUGAAGGGGGCUAUGCUGAGUGUCGACCGCGCGCAUUUCUGCCCCUCCCCCAACACAGCGUAUCUCGACACGCCGCAAUCCAUCGGCCACUCGGCCACCAUCUCAGCACCACACAUGCACGCGUCCGCUCUCGAAUCAUUACUGCCCUACCUGAACGCCGGGUCCCGCGUGCUGGACAUCGGCUCGGGCUCGGGCUAUCUCACGGCGGUGCUCGCGGAGCUGGUGCAGCCCGGCGGCAGGGUGGUGGGCGUGGAGCAUAUUCGCGAGUUGAAGGAGUUGGGCGAGAGGAAUCUGGGGAGGUCGCAGAGGGGAAGGGAACUCUUGAGCGAUGGUACGGUGGAGUUUGUCGUGGGUGAUGGGAGGAGGGGGUGGGUGGAUAGAGGGGCGCCUGAGGGUGGGAAGGAGUAUUGGGAUGCGAUUCAUGUGGGAGCGGCGGCGGGGGAGGUGCAUGGGGGCUUGGUGGAGCAGUUGAGGAGGCCGGGGAGGAUGUUCAUACCAGUUGAAGAUACCUCGGGCCUGGACCAGUACAUUUGGCUUGUGGACAAGGACAAGGAGGGGAAUGUUAACAAGAAGAAGUUGUAUGGGGUACGAUAUGUGCCGUUGACGGACCCGCCAAGGUAA